UGUGGAGACGGGAGGAGGAGGAGCGGGAUGUCUGACUUGUCCUCUCCCUGUGAGGGAAACACAUGGAAGUCUCGUGGAAAGAGACCACCAGAUAUGGAGCUGUCGGAAACCGCGUUCAGUGCGCACGACUCGGGGACUCCUGUGGGAACUUAUCCCGAUAGAAACGCGAUGGCAGCGGACGGAGUCUCUCCCAGCGGCGUCUCACCUGCGCACCAGCAUCCCCGCUCAUGCCACCCGCGCAUGUCCGUGCGCAUGUCGGUGUACAGCACCGGGGCUCGGCCCGGUCUCACCCGCGCUCACGUCCAGGGCCAAGUCUACAACUUUCUGGAACGGCCUUCUGGCUGGAAAUGCUUUAUGUAUCACUUCGCAGUGUUUCUCAUAGUUCUGGCCUGUCUGAUCCUCAGUGUCCUCUCAACCAUUGACCAGUACCAGACGCUGGCCCACUCCACUCUCUUCUGGGUGGAGAUAUACCUUGUGGUCUUUUUCGGUGUGGAAUAUUUUGUCCGUCUUUGGUCAGCAGGCUGCCGCAGCAAAUAUGUUGGCAUCUGGGGCCGAUUACGCUUUGCCAGGAAGCCAAUAUCUAUUAUAGAUCUCAUAGUUGUGAUUGCCUCAGUAAUUGUGCUCUCGGUGGGAUCCAAAGGGCAGGUCUUUGCAACCUCUGCUGUAAGAGGGAUUCGCUUCCUGCAGAUUCUACGUAUGCUCCAUGUUGACAGGCAAGGAGGAACCUGGCGUCUUCUUGGCUCUGUUGUUUUCAUCCACCGCCAGGAGCUGAUCACGACCCUGUACAUCGGGUUUUUGAGCCUCAUCUUCUCCUCGUAUUUUGUUUACCUGGCAGAGAAGGAUACAGUGGACAACACUGGCUCCACUGAGUUUGAAAACUAUGCUGAUGCUCUGUGGUGGGGAGUGGUCACAGUGACUACUAUUGGCUAUGGAGACAAGGUGCCCCAAACCUGGAUUGGGAAGACCAUUGCAUCCUGUUUCUCAGUAUUUGCCAUCUCCUUCUUUGCCCUACCUGCUGGAAUCCUGGGCUCAGGCUUUGCCCUGAAGGUGCAGCAGAAGCAAAGACAAAAGCACUUCAACAGACAGAUCCCUGCAGCUGCAUGUCUCAUCCAGACAGCAUGGAGAUGCUUUGCAGUGGAGAACUUUGAUUCUGCCACAUUCAAGAUGUUCUUGAGAAAGAAAUCCCACGCUGCUGCCUCCUCUUUAUCCAGCCCUAAGCCCAAAAAAUCGGUGAAGAUGAGGAGGAGGUUGAAGAGCACUGACAAAGACAACAGUCCAGCUUCCCCUACAGUUCCUAGCAUUACCCGUGACUCUGUUUUUGACAACGGGAGGGAACUGAGUUCUGAUGUUUACAGCACCGUUGGAACAGAUCGUGAGCAAUCGUGGACAUCUUUGUCUUCUUUACCAUUCAGCUCACCACUUCCAGUAAAAAGAAGCCACAUGGAAGUCCACUCCCCCACCCCAUUCCGGAGGAACUUCAGUUAUGCAGAUGAUCUGGAGCUGGAAUCGGAGCGAGAAAGUGAACUGGUUCCUGUCAGCUCAGUAUCACAGUUGACAGAGUCACACCGAAAAGCCAUUUGUGUGGUCCAGAGAAUGCGCUAUUUUGUGGCCAAGAGGAAAUUUCAGCAAGCCCGUAAGCCAUAUGAUGUACGAGACGUGAUUGAACAAUACUCCCAGGGUCACCUCAACCUUAUGGUGCGAAUCAAGGAGCUUCAGAGAAGGCUGGACCAGUCUUUAGGGAAGAUGACAUUGUUCCAGACGGGUUCAGACAGAGCCAGAGACAGAGGCAACAACUCUAUCGGAUCCAGGCUUAACAGGGUGGAGGACAAGAUAACGCACUUGGACCAGACUCUGGGCCACAUUGCAGAGUCCCUCACCUUAUUGCUGGAGCAGAAGGAGGUCGGCGUGGCUGAAGGGGUAGGCAGGCUGAGGCCGCGGCUCAAACGGACUUGUAACGUACUCCCCAGCCAAGACAGCCUGCCAAGCUAUGAGCAGCUGUCUGCGUCACCUUCUUUCCUGACAGCGAACACCCUGCCCAACCACAACCCCAACCUCAGCCUCGCUGGCAGUCAGGACGAGAGCGGCUGAGACCUGAAAGCAAACACAUUUUUGUAUAGUCAUGUGCAAAUGUUAGUCAUCCCACUUUUACAAUUCAUUUUUUGUUUUUUUUUGUACUUGAAGAACAGUAGUAAAAAUCAUUUGAUCACAGUGGAUCCUAGUUCACAUUUAUACGACGGAGUAUUAGGGCCAAACUAAGACAAAAAAAAAUGGAAAUUACGAAAAUAAAGUCAUAAUAAUAUGAGAAUAAAGUCGUAGAAUUACCAGAAUAAAGUCAUAAUGUUGUGAGAAUAAAGUCAUAAUGUUGUGAGAAUAAAGUCGUAAUAUUACGAGAAUAAAGUCGUAAUAUUACGAGAAUAAAGUCGUAAUAUUACGAGAAUAAAGUCGUAAUAUAUAAUAUAAUAUAUAAAUAUAACUUCACAAGAUGCUCAAUAUUCCUCAUUUUAACACAGGGAGAAGAGGCUCUUCCUGUUAGAGUUCUCAUAAAUUACGACUUUAUUCUCGUAAAUUACCACUUUAUUCUCAUAAAUGACCACUUUAUUCUUGUAAUAUUAUGACUUUAUUCUCAUAAAUUACCACUUUAUUCUUGUAAUAGGCUAUUACGACUUUAUUCUCGUAAUGU